ACUCUGUAGGCUCAAAAGCCAGCCAAGAGCUCUGCCCACUUUAACUGGAUCUCAGCUUUGCUGAAAACUUGUGUGUCUUUGUGCAGAGCCAGCAGGCAAAGAGGUUUAAAAACAUGGCUCUUAACAUACCAGGCCUUAUAGCCAUGAUAGGCUUCUAUGCUGCAGUCCUGGCCACGGGAAUAUGGGCCUCCAAGAAAUCCAAAGCAAAAAAGACCACUGGAACAGUCACAGAGGUGGCUCUGCUAGGAGAACGCUCCAUAGAUCUGACUGUUGGGAUUUUCACAAUGACUGCUUCCUGGGUUGGAGGAGGUUACGUACUUGGUAUAGCAGAAGCUGUCUAUAGCCCAAACCAGGGACUGAUCUGGGCACAGAUGCCACUGCAGUAUGCACUGUCAUUUAUUGUUGGUGGUUUAGUCUUUGCUAAGCCAAUGAGGGACAGGAAGUAUGUGACUGUUAUAGACCCAUUUCAGAUCAGGUACGGCAAAACUAUGACUGUUCUGAUGGUUAUCCCUUCCCUCGUUGGAGACGUAUUGUGGGUGGCAUGUUCUCUCACAGCUCUGGGUGGGAUGAUUAGCACCGUCCUUGGUCUCCAGCAUGCCUACUCUGUGGUGAUAUCUGCAGCUGUAGCAACCAUCUACACUCUCCUUGGGGGGCUGUACUCUGUGGCCUACACUGAUGUCAUCCAGUUAAUCUUCAUCUUCGUUGGUCUGUGGCUCUGUGUGCCGUUCAUGCUCUUGAAUCCCAUCCCUCUUGACAUCAGCGUCACAGCCUUCAAUCACACCUACCAGGCACCGUGGCUUGGUCAGCUCAAGACCCGGGACAUCUCGCUUUGGUUGGAUAACUGGCUCACAUUGGGCUUGGGAGCCAUGUCUUUCCAGAGUUUUCAACAGAGGAACCUGUCUUCAGUUUCACCAGCUAAAGCACAGAUCACAAGUUUCAUUGCAGCAGUGUUGAGUGUCAUCUUGUCAGUUCCAUCAAUACUGAUAGGAGCAGUGGCUGCAUCUACAGACUGGAACCAGACUGACUAUGGAAGCCCAUCUCCAUAUGAACGCAAAGAGGCACAUGUAGUCCUUCCUCUUUGCUUGGAGAACCUCGCUCCCUCCUAUGUCUCCAUCAUUGGGAUUGGAGCAGUGACAGCAGCUGCCAUGUCCUCCAUCGAUUCAUCCCUCCUUUCCUGCACUUCUAUGUUCACCUCAAACCUCUAUAAGAACAUCAUCAGACAACAGGCAUCAGACAAGGAGCUGAUGUGGGUGAUCCGGAUAACUGUCGUUGUAGCUGGUGUGAUUGGCACUGCAUUGACUUUCAUUGAUAACAGCAUUGUGUUCUUUUGGAUCCUAAGUUCUGACAUGGCCUACUGCGUCAUCCUCCCCCAGUUAGUUUGUGUCCUAUUCUGUGAUAUCUCCAAUAGUUAUGGGGCGGUUGUUGGGUUUGUCUUAAGCCUGCUUUUGAGGGUCUUGAGUGGGGAGCCCCUAAUCGGCCUCCCGCCAGUUAUCUGCUUUCCGGGAGGUGAAGUAAUUGAUGAUGUGUACGUCCAGCCUCUCCCUGUCCGCACACUAGCUGCACUCUUUGCGUUUCUUUGCAUUCUAUUGUUCUCUUACAUCUUUGCCUCCCUCUUUCGCCGUGGGAUACUGCCCAAAAGGUGGGAUGUAUUUGGGGUCACCAAGGUCACAGCAUUGGACAGCCAAAAUAGUGAACCAAUAUCAUUGAGUACUGCUGAUAGAGAGAGCUUAAUGAUGCAUUCAGAUGUCAAGAUUUAAAAAUGAAAACAGAAUGAAAUUAGGGCUGUCAAAAUAACUGAUUCAUUUAGAUUAAUUAAUUUGAGACAAAAUAACUGAUUAAAAAAAUUAACGCAGAUUAAUCGAUGACCUUUAACCCAGAGCCAUUCUAGUCAGUAACCAUUAGACUGUAAAAUGGGGAGACGAGAAUGUGCUGCCUGGAUCAUUGAUUGGAACAUUUACUGAAAAAAAAAUGUCUGCAGCACAGAAUUUGCAUAUCACCGGAGUUCGUCAACUCUAAAGUACCACAUUACUGCAAAGAAAUAGUUUUGAGAUUGCGAUUACAUUAAUUUAGAUUAAUUAAUCACAGAGUAUGUAAUUAAUUAGAUUAAAACAUUUAAUUGAUUGACAGCCCUAAAUGAAAUGUAAAGCUGUACAGUUUUUCAGCAAGUUCAUUUAAAACAAGGACAUAUUGACCAGUUGACCGGUGUAUAGACAACACAUGAUCCCUUAGGCCUACUACUUAGAACUAAAGUAAACAGGUACAUCAAUGUAUUUGGAAAUAAAAAAAAAAGCUCUAAAUUGUUGUACCCUAAUUCAAGCCUAAUUCAAACGU